AUGGUACAGAGCUAUAAACCUUUGAUGAGUUCACAGUUGGUGACGAAUCUAAAGAUCAGGGAUAAGCACGGAGCCUCUGUACAGCCUUUGUAUUUGAGUACAACGUUCAAAGUGGAUUUGGAUAACCCAGAGAGUCAGGUUUUCGAUUAUUCUCGUUCGGGGAACCCCACACGAUCACUUUUGCAGUACCAGAUCGGGAAACUUUAUGAAGUUCCUGUAGAGCAUGUUUUGGCAGUGGCCAGUGGUAUGACUGCAUUGGAUGUUAUCUUACGUGGUCUAGUGAUUUCAAGCGCUACUCACGUUCCAACGAUCAUUGCCGGGGAUGACUUGUACGGUGGUAGUAACCGUCUUUUAGCCUAUUUAGAGAGCAAGUCCCAUGCGCGUGCAGUGCACGUCGAUACCACUGAUAUGGAAAAGUUUAAGGCAGUUUUUGGCUCACUAGAUAAAGUCGACUGUGUUUUGUUGGAGUCUCCUACAAAUCCACUUUGUAAAGUGGUAGAUGUACCUCAAUUGGUCGCAUAUGUCAAACGUAUCUCCCCUUCUACUGUGGUGAUUGUUGAUAAUACAAUGAUGAGUGGGUUGCAAUGCAAUCCGCUAGAGUACGGCUGUGAUGUGGUUUAUGAAUCGGCUACAAAAUACCUUAACGGUCAUCACGAUAUUAUGGGUGGUAUUAUUGUUGGUAAGACUGCCGAGAUCGCACAAGAGAUUUACUACGUGGUGAAUGCUACUGGUUCUGGUCUUUCUCCCAUGGAUUCAUGGCUACUGAAUCGUGGUUUAAAGACACUUGGUGUGCGUAUGUACCAACAGCAAUACAACUCGAUGGUCAUUGCCCAAUGGUUAGAAGAGUCUUGCGGCUUUAAGCCAACAGAGAAAAACUCCGCAUUAAAGACCCGUUAUGUCGGGCUCAAGACCAAUCCUGGUUUCGAGUUGCAUAGAUCUUUCAACAAGGGACCAGGUGCUGUUCUUUCAUUUGAAACCGGUUCCUUGGAACAUUCACAGCGUAUAGUUGCCUCAAAAGCAUUCCAACUAUUUUCAGUGACAGUCUCCUUUGGUUGCGUGAACUCGCUCAUCUCCCUACCUUGCAAAAUGUCGCAUGCAUCUAUCGAUCCAGAAGUAAGGAAACAAAGAGAAUUUCCAGAAGAUCUAAUAAGACUCUGUGUCGGUAUCGAAGACGUUGGUGAUUUGCAAAAAGAUCUGUUAUACGCCAUGAUUGACGCCAAUGUGCUUGAAGUACGUGAAAACGGAAAAUACAUCUACAACAAAUUAAACGGACACCUCGGGCUGAAUACCAUUGAUGACCAUAGCUCAAGGCAACAUAGCAUUUACGACCAAUUUUACGGAAAAGACCUCAUAGAGGGUGAUUCAAAGAUGAAUCACAGAAGAUUAAAACUCUAA